AAAAGACAAAAAUUAAGUGUCGCUUUGAGGGUACUACACUUAAUAGGCAUGGCCCGAGACUGAAAACCUCUGAAACCUCUGAAAAUCUCUCGUCUCUCUGAAAUCAAAUCCCUAAUCUCUCUGAAACCUCUCACCUCCACCGUCGCUGUCUCUUCUUCUUCGUCGCUGGAAAUUGGGCAAGUUGAGCUAGGGUUUUGCUGUGCUGGUGCUGCUAUUUAGUUAUGGAAGCUCUAGAUAUUGAAGCUCUAGAUAUGGAAGCUCCGGUUCUAGCUCUAGCUCCAGUUCCGGCUCCGGCCCCACAUACGCCACAUGAACCGUUGAACAAUUUGGUGCGUUGGCCAAUAACAGAGGAACUUAGGGAGGCAUUGACUAGGAUAGGUUUAGGAUUCUUUGAACGUUUUAAGUUCCAAAUGAGGUUGGAUUGUACCAUGCUAAAUGCUUUGCUACGACACUAUGAUCGUAAUUUAAAGUGUUUUAUCUUUAAUGGUAAUUCACUCUAUUUUAGUUUAGUAGAUGUCCUUCUCAUCACCGGUAUGCCGAUUGACGGUAGACCGGUUAUUGGUAGGAUAGGGAAAACCGAAAAUGUAUUUUUUAAUGCUUUUGGUAUCGAUCCUCCUCCAGAGUCUUUGGAUGGAGGGAGGAUUAGGCUUAGUUGGUUAAGAGAAAAGUAUAGUAAUAACCCAGUACGUCCAGAUGAGGAUGGGUGGGCACACUAUCUUAGAGCCUACAUCAUGUAUGUCAUUGGGUCAUAUUUAAUACCCGAUGACUGCACUGGAUUAGUUUCUGCCCAGUAUUUGGGGCUCUUGGACAAUCUUCAGGAGGUUGGUAGCUAUGCGUGGGGCGCAGCCGCUUGGGCGAGCUUGUACAACUCUUUGGAUCGAGGAAUCGUAAACGGCUUGGCCUAUGCUCUCAUGGUAUUUGCAAUAGAGCAUAUAAAGCCACUACGUACAGAGCUGAUAGGGGAGACAGUGGAUCUCCCGAUGGAGUGUCCAUUAAUGGUGUCGUGGUCCCACCUUCUCCACAAACGCUUGAAGGCGAACACAGUUCCCAAGUUUGGAGUCUACAUGCAAAUUUUGGGGAACGUGACUGAUGAAAAUUUCAUACAGCGGCCUUAUCAGAGGCUUAGCCAUACUCUUCUAAGGGAGGGUUAUGAGCGUUAUACCCUUCAGCUGGCUAAGGCAUGCUCAGUGACUCUGUGCAUCAAUUAUCACAUAGUCGUCCCUCACAAACCAAACAACUAUGCUAGGCAGUUUGGUUUCGAGAAUAUAGACCUGGAUUCGAUUCCAGAGCUUCCUGAUGUGGUGGUUGAAGUAAGAAAGAAGGGGCCAAAGAAAGAUUUAAAUCUUGCGGACCACGGACACUUUCCCCUGUACAUUAACAGCUGGCUUGGCAGGUUUCCUUUGAGAGGGCCACGAAUAGCUGGUUUGGUAGGUCCUCCAUACGCUGUGGAAUUGCUGGCGCUUGAUGCACCUGACGUGCCUGUGCAGGCCCUUCAUGACAACCCACCGCAGUCCCCGCAUAACGGGCUUGUGCUUGCCCCUCAUGAUGGAGAGCCAUUGAUGGAGACAGCUUGCAAAACUACUUCCAAUGCCCAAUCAUUUAAUGAUUCUAGCAUUGCAAGGACUAAGCCCAAGAGAGAUGUUAGGAAACCUAUCAUGUUUCAAGAUGAGUAUAGUCGAUGACUUGGGACUCACGUUUGUUGGGCUGGACCUAGGACUUGCUGUCAGUCAUUAAAUAUGGUCUUAAUCUUCUGUUUCAGAUUCUCUCUUAUAAGUAUGUUGUAUGGACAACUCUUGUAAUCCGACUUUGAUUAUAUUUCAAAAACCUUGAGUUAGCUUUUUAGCUAUC